ACGUCCAUAAAACACAGCUGUCAGCGUGUUUUUACAUCUGCGUGUUGCAGGAUUUUGUCAAAAGAUACCCACAAAGCAUAAAUCUAGCACAAAAUGAAAGGCAGACAUCUUCGGCGGCGGUUCAGCCUACAGCCGUCGUUUAUGAAGGACGACUCUACCGAAGAACGACCAAAGCGAGAAAAACCACUGAAAAAUGAUGAAAACUCCAUAAACUCAAACGUGCGGCACAAGAUCGUCAUGAUGGGCGCAGCCAAGGUGGGCAAAAGCUCACUCAUCACGCAGUUCCUGUACAGCAGCUUUUCACCAAAGUACAAGCGCACGGUUGAGGAGAUGCACCACGGUCACUUUUCGGUCGGUGGAGUAAAUCUGACGCUCGACAUUCUCGACACUUCCGGAUCGUACGAGUUCCCAGCAAUGCGAGCCCUUUCCAUCUCAUCAGCGGAUGCAUUUAUCCUGGUGUACGACGUUACCGACAGUAUCACGUUCGAGGAAGUGAAAGCGAUACGUGAACAAAUUCACGAGAUCAAAUCAACGACGGCGGUACCAAUUGUGGUCGUUGGCAACAAGACCGAUUUGAGCGAUGAGGAUGAGGAUUUGCGACAGGUGGCACGUGACACAACUGAAUCGAUGGUAACGGUAGAUUGGGAAAAUGGUUUCGUCGAAGCAUCAGCAAAACUGAACCGUAAUGUUACACAGAUUUUCAAGGAACUUUUGGUGCAAGCUAAAAUAACAUACAACCUUAGCCCGGCACUCCGGCGACGGAGACGCCAAUCGCUGCCACAGCAGGCCAGCACCGGUAGCACGGGCGCACCAGCGACACCCCAAGCAUCCCCAAGCGUUCACGUUCCAUCCGUCGCCCAGCUGCAACAUUUGCAGCAGAUACAGGACAAAAGUCUCGGCGGCAAACGUAACUCGUGCAUUCUUUCCUAAUGGGUUGAGUUGAGGCCCCGUCUGCUCUUUCUCUGCGAAUCAUCAUACUAUUGACCUGCACCCUUCAAACAUAAAAUAAAAUUAGCGAGGGAGAGAGUUUUCGGAACGAUCGUGGAAUGUAUGCUUCAGAACGUAACCCGAUUUCCCUAUAUGGAACAGCUUUUCCGAACAACAUGCAUAAAUUUCGCGCUUUGGAAAAUAUUGGCUUGUAUAAUAUGGAUAUUUAAAAGGCAUUCUGAACAAAACCAAAACCAAAAAAAAUAUCGUCGUACAUGUUUUUCACCAGCGUCGCACAUUCUUUCCAACCUACCAGCUUUGCCAGUCCACAUAGACGAUAGAAAGAUUUGUGAUGUUAAUAAAUCUAACCGUGUCGAAUCGUUCGAAAACAAUGUGUAAAGUAUCGAAGUGGAAAAAUACGGGUAAUAAAGGGAACGAUUGUGGAGGUUCACGCGUAGUAGAAGGACACGAAACAAGCGAGUUUGGAAGCGGUUUACACUGCACUAGGAACACAAUGCGCCGUACACAUCGCUGCACGAAGAAAUGUAAACUCACGUGGAUUAGAUUAGUUAUGCAGAGGUAUAGAGGUUUUUUUUUGUUUUUUGAUAAAUAAUAACAUGUCAGUAAAUUUUUCUGCGUUACCAAACGAAAACAGACAGCGUUGAAUAACGGCUAAAGGUUGAGGUUGCGCAGUUAAAAAGUACGGGAUGUAGGAUGAGCUCGUAUCGAAUAUUGAAAAGAAAAAUAAGGGAAAAAUAACUCACCGAGUCCAUUUCAUGUGCGUGAAUGUUAAUGUGUGUUAGUGUUUUGAUAAUACUGGAAAAAUAAAUCUUGUCUUUACGUCAAGAACCGUUACAUGCAAUGGCCAAAAAUAAAAGCUUAUUUGUAAUACGAACGCAUUUGCAAUGCUUGUCGCUCGAACCGACGAUGCUAUCCCCCAUGAGAAAAUAUACCUUUCAACACAAAGUCAACCAGUAAUUUUCCAUUCAAACCUUUUCACUCACCACAGUAAACCAAAUCCAAUCGAUGUCUCAUAUAGUAAAUCUGUUUUCGAACGUUUGAUAAGUCUGUCUAUCAGAUACCCGCGAAACGGGUUGUCUUCGAAGAAGAAAGUUAAAACUGCAACCAAAAAAAAAAACACACAGCCUAAAUCAAAAUAUAAAUUACAACAUUAAACACCAUCUCUAGCGUUAUGAAGCCAAAGCUGAUCGGUUGAAUCGGAUAAAAAGAUGUUUGCAUAUAAUAUUCACACAUAAAACAAUCAUCAACAAACCCAAGUUGUCGUUGCUGUUAAAAUAUAUCUUCACAAUACAAUUCUACACGGUAAAGCUAAUAUGGUGUAUAAAUAAAACAAAAAAUAGGAGACAUAUGCUGUAUGAAAAAAAUUGAAUUGAUACGACAGCAACAAAAAAAAUCCCUCUUGUUGUGGUCGUCAAAUGUGAAGAUAGUCAAUAAAUUGUAAACAUAUAUAGAGAAGAGAAAUAAUGUAGGAAGUCCUGGUGAAUAAUGGAACGAAUAAACGGCCAUGAAGAGCUACAGUACACAUCCAUAUGCAGACAAAAAUCAACGCGUGUAGUUAUAUACAAAUGAAAUUUCAAGGAAACAAACAUUUGCAUCACAUGCAGUAUGAAGGAAGAGCGAAAGUGAGAAAAGAAUAUAGCUCGUGAAUAUUCAAGUUGAAAGUAAAUAAAAUUAAUCCAUGUAACUGGUAAAGUGUAA